AGGCGGGGGGGUAGCUGAAGGGGGCGGCUGUGCGCCCGGACCGUUGAAUUGUUGGUGUAAACACAAAUCUCACUCACAAGAUUGAAGAAGAAAGAGAGACUUGAGAGAAACUGUGUGUGACUGAGAAUCUCAGCGACCAUUCCCUCCUCAGAUUGCCAAAGCUGUGCUAGUCUCCGUGAUGCAACUGGAACAGUUCAAGAAUUUUUGCUCAGUGGAUCACUUUGUGCUUGAACCAAACUGAACCCUUCUUUUCAAACAACUCUCAACAGUCAAGGAAACAAUAUGUUGACAGUUUUUCCCAUGAGCCAUUUUUAUUAAGGAAUUUGUGUGGAGGAUCAAGAGCCAUCAUUCGGUGCUGGAAAAAGGAAUAAAGCAGAAGAGGUGGUGAAAAGACUUGAGGAGUCGGGAGUUGAGUCACUUGCUGCGCAAUACCCAUUCUCUGGCCUGCUCUUGUAGCCGAAGAGACGUGUGACGGAUGUGAAGAAGCUGGUGAAACGAGCAUGGCUAUGAGCAACGGGAAUGGUGACUUCAUGGUUCAGAGCAAUGGCAGUGUCCCAUCAAAUGCUAACGGUAACAGCAUCGCUGCAGCCUGCGAUGGAGACCACCUCUCCGAGCAGCUGUCAGCCAAGGAGACUUCAAGGGCAAAAGUGAGUCACAACAGCGGUACACUGCCAAAUGGUACUGUUAAGCCUUCUUGCCUCUUUACAGACAAUAUGAUAAACAGCCAAAGACCUGUGGCAUUGCUGCCACAAUGUUGCCACCAUUGUCCAUACCAUCAUCCUUUGUGUUGUCACAGUAACCAACCAGAUUGCCAUUCUUUGGGAAAUAUCACCAUCACCUCUCCAUUGACAUCUUCCUGCCUGCAAACUCACUCCGAGUACCCAACAUCUAUGUGCCAAAACACUUCCCCUCUCCAUGCAGCCGGCUGCUGCCUCCAGCCUGUCUCUUCUCUCAUCGAUCACGCUCCCCUUUGUCUUCAUCAUCGGUGGCCUGACCAUUUCCAGCAUCAACCUGUGCAACAGCAACACAUCCCCGACAUCAGACCUCCCAGGCUUUUUCGAUUUCCCCGAAGCAGGGCCAACAGAACUGCAAGCAAUACUCCAGAAGAGUACUCCAGGGCAACUCCAGUGGUUAGCACUGCUGCCCCACAGCGCCAAGGACCACACUAUGCGGCUCUGAUAGCUGACUGGCCAGUGGUGGUCCUAGGGCUAUGCACAGUUCUCAUUGUGAUCUGUGCACUGGUUGGAAUCCUGGUACCAGAUCUUCCCGACUUCUCGGACCCAUUGCUGGGCUUUGAGCCGAGAGGAACAGCGAUUGGCCAGAGAUUGGUCACCUGGAAUAACAUGGUGAAAAACACAGGGUAUCAAGCAACACUUGCAAAUUAUCCUUUCAAAUACGCAGAGGAACAAGCCAAAAGUCAUCGAGAUGACCGAUGGUCAGAUGAUCCCUACGACAGAGACAAGCGGCAGGCAGAGUGGAAUUUCCACAAGGACAGCUUCUUCUGUGAUGUUCCCAGUGACCGUUACUCUCGGGUCGUGUUUGCCUCAGCAGAUGGGGAAAACUUAUGGCGAACGCAAUCAAUUAAAUCGAUGUGCAAUCUUGACAAUGCCAGGAUUCGUUCACACGUGCAGUUUGGGGAACUUUGUCAAAGGACCUCAGCUGCUUCCUGCUGCCCCAGCUGGACACUGGGCAAUUACAUCGCCAUCCUCAACAAUCGAUCCUCCUGCCAGAAGAUCACUGAGCGAGAUGUGGCCCACACACUAAAACUGCUCCGUUCCUGUGUUAAAUAUUACCACAAUGGGACCCUGGGCCCUGAAUGCUGGGACAAGACCACACGCCGUAAAGACCAGCUCAAGUGCAUGUCUGUGCCGCGCAAGUGCACCAAGUAUAAUGCUGUUUACCAAAUCCUUCAUUAUUUGGUGGACAAAGACUUUUUGAGCCCACAGACAUUGGACUACGUGAUUCCAGCGUUAAAGUACAGCAUGCUGUUUGUCCCCACCGAGAAAGGGAAAAGCAUGAUGGACAUUUACUUGGACAAUUUUGAGAACUGGAACUGUUCAGAUGGUGUCACCACCAUUGCAGGGAUCGAGUUUGGGAUCAAGCACAACUUGUUCCAGGACUACCUCCUGAUGGAUACUGUGUAUCCUGCCAUUGCCAUUGUGAUUGUUCUGCUGAUCAUGUGCAUGUACACCAGGUCCAUGUUCAUCACUUUGAUGACCAUGUUCGCCAUCAUCAGCUCCUUAAUCGUCUCCUACUUCCUCUACAGGAUUGUGUUUGGCUUCAAGUUUUUCCCUUUCAUGAACCUCACCGCACUCAUUAUUCUGGUGGGGAUAGGGGCCGAUGAUGCCUUUGUGCUGUGCGAUGUCUGGAACCACACCAAGUUCGACAAGCCCAAGGCUGAGUUGGCGGAAACAGUGAGUGUCACCCUGCAUCACGCUGCCCUCUCCAUGUUUGUCACCAGCUUCACCACUGCAGCUGCCUUCUAUGCCAACUAUGUCAGCAACAUCACCGCUAUCCGCUGCUUUGGUGUCUACGCUGGCACUGCCAUCCUGGUCAAUUACAUUUUGAUGGUGACCUGGCUGCCGGCAGUGGUGGUGCUACACGAGCGUUACCUGCUGCAUUUGUUCCAGUGCGGUGAGAGGCCUGGCCGGCGAACGGAGCUCACCGGUUGCCUGGCCCAGCUCUGCUGCCAGCUGCAGCGCCUCCUGCUGACUGCCUCUGAGACCUCCCGCGUAUUCUUCGAGAAGGUGCUGCCCUGCAUCGUCAUCAAGUUCCGCUACAUCUGGCUCUGCUGGUUCCUUGCGCUGACCGUUGGCGGUGCCUACAUCGUCUGCGUGGACCCCAAGAUGAAGCUGCCGUCUCUGGAGCUCUCAGAGUUCCAGGUGUUCCGCUCCUCACACCCCUUUGAGCGUUACGAUGCUGAGUUCCGCCAGCUGUUUGUGUUUGAGCGGGUGCACCACGGCGAGGAGCUACACAUGCCCAUCACGCUGGUGUGGGGCAUUGCCCCCGUGGACGCUGGUGACCCCCUCAACCCUCACAAUAAGGGCCAGCUGAGGCUGGACUCGACCUUUGACGUGGCCGCUCCUGGCUCCCAGCUCUGGCUCCUGCACUUCUGCCAGCGCCUGAGGAACCAGAGCUUCUUCCAGCAGACAGACGAGCAGGACUUCACCAGCUGCUUCAUCGAGACCUUCCGCCAGUGGAUGGAGAACCAGGACUGUGAGGAGCCCACCUUGUACCCGUGCUGCAGUCAGUCCACCUUCCCCUACAAGCAAGAGGUGUUUGAAUUGUGCAUCAAGCGGGCCAUUAUGGAGCUGGAGCACAGCACUGGCUACCAUUUAGACAGCAAGACCCCGGGGCCCCGCUUUGACAUCAACGACACCAUCCGGGCUGUGGUGCUGCAGUUUCAGAGCACCUACCUCUUCACGCUGGCCUAUGAGAAGAUGAGCCAGUUCUACAAGGAGGUGGAUGCCUGGAUCACUGAGGAGCUGAAGGGCGCUCCAGCUGGCCUUGCCAACGGCUGGUUUGUCAGCGGCCUGGAAUUCUUUGACCUUCAGGACAGCCUCUCCGAUGGCACCCUGGUGGCUAUGGGCCUCUCAGUGGCUGUGGCCUUCAGUGUCAUGUUACUCACCACCCGCAAUGUGGUGAUCAGCCUCUACGCCAUUGUCUCCAUCACCGGCACCAUCUUUGUCACAGUGGGCUCAUUGGUGCUGCUGGGUUGGGAGCUGAACGUGCUGGAGUCUGUCACCAUCUCUGUGGCUGUGGGUUUGGCUGUUGAUUUUGCCGUCCAUUAUGGUGUGGCCUACCGCCUGGCACCGGAGACAGACCGCGAGGGCAAAGUGGUCUUCUCCUUGAGCCGGAUGGGCUCAGCCAUUGCCAUGGCUGCCCUUACCACCUUUGUGGCGGGCGCCAUGAUGAUGCCCUCCACGGUUUUGGCAUACACGCAGCUGGGGACCUUCAUGAUGCUCAUCAUGUGCAUCAGCUGGGGCUUUGCCACCUUCUUCUUCCAGUGUAUGUGUCGCUGUCUGGGCCCACAGGGAUCCUGUGGCACCAUUCCUCUGCCCAAAAGGUUGCAGUGCCACGGCUUGGCGCUGCCACCACCUUCCCAUGGCGGUCACAGGCAGAGGGAGGGUAAGAGGGCCUGCCGUACCCACAAACAGCAGGCAGCUGGUGAGGGUGACCACCUGGACGCUGAGCAUGAACAUUACGAACUUGAGCCCCUGGCCACCACAGACGGUGGUGAAGCUGGUGAGAAGAGAUCAGGCCCCAUGGGUGACAGCGACGAGCUGGGCACUGAUCCUCGGUUAUUCAACGGAACCCGUGUGCCCACUUGCCACCCUGGCAGACCGAGCCGAGCCACAGCCAACCUGCCACUGCCUCCAAUCCGCUUUGUUCAGCACAUCUCCUUGUGAGACCGUCCUGAAGAUGCCAACAGUUCUUACCAAUGAGGUGACUCCUCUCACUGUGCCAAUGUUAACGGGGUCUCUGAUCAGGGAAUGGGUGGGGGGAGGGGCGAGGUACAGAAGUUACACUGAAUCCCCAAUCAGCUGCUUCCCACAUUCCCAGGGAGUGUCCAGAGUGACUGUACAGCCAUCGAGAGCAGGCAGACUGGCUAAAUAUACUCAGCCUGCCCUCAGUACUUUGAGGCCAAUGCAACAUUAUGAUUAUCCCCUCACUUUGUGAGUUCACCAUUACCCAAGGGUGGAGCUGAGGAUACACUUGAUUCUUAUGGUGCAGAACAGAGUAGUUGCAGUUAGAUUCAGACCCUGGAAGACUCUUAGCCUGAAUCCUUACCCCAGCUCCAUUAUUCUGUUGAUGUGGAAGCAAAAUGUCAGACUGGAUCUAGUUUAAAUCGAGUUGCAAUCCCCUAAUUCCUUUCUGCACCCGCCCUGGGCCAGGUACGGCCUGUGGUGAGGUGCUGAAGCCUAUCUUUUGCCAUUGUGUUUGGCUGCAAGUGAGAGCAGGCCAGGAGAUAAUGACUGUGUUCCCUUCCCACAGUCCAUGCUGAUGCAGAGAAUGGGAGGGGGACGGAUGGAGCAGGCUGCCUGAGCUCUGUUACAUUUUGUCACCUCCAGGCUGUCUGCAUCUUCUGUGUUGUUUUGGAUUGACAGCUGCUGUUUGCAAGUGCCCCUCCAAGUUACUCACUGUUCUGACUAGGAGAUAUAUCCCCAUUCCUUCAGCAUUAUGCCAAACUCCUGGCUCUCCCUCCAUGAUCAAUGCUGUGGGUGCUCCAACAGCACAUGGACUGCAGCGGUUCAAGAAGGCAGUUCAGCUUCGCCUUGUGGAAAGGGGUCAGGGAUGGGCAGUUCAUGCUUACCCAGCCAGCAACACCCCACUCCUGGGAAUGGAUUUUCAAAGAAGACCACUCUCCUUUCAUGGACCUUCGAGGAGAAUGCUUCCCUAAUAGAGGGCUACUUUUGAUAUGCCAUUGUCGUAGUGCUGAGAUUAUGACCGCAGUGCAAUAAUAUGGGACACUGCGCACACGUGUUUGCAUUUCAACAGCUGUGGAGCUCUGCCAGUGUCCUGCCAAUUGGAAUGUACUGUCACAGUUCAAACGCUAUGACAGUGUUUGACACAUGACCAUUGCUGACGCAUGGUCCAUGUGGCUAUCAGUGAACACUUGUUCCUCCCGCCUGACCGAUAUCUGAGUGCAGGCUCCCCUUCCUGACCAGGAAAACCAAUCAAAUCCCAUCAGACCUUUUCAGGUAUUGCCCAUCAUGAGCCAUUGGAUUAGUGGUGUCUCUCUUUGCUCACACCCCGCUCUGUCUCCCUAUAACAUCGUUUCCAGUAAAUAUCAGGAAUAAGUGGGCCCAUGUCAUGUUUUUACCGAGGUUUUUGUACACGUGUUGGGAGCAAUUUGAGGUGACUGUGAAUUUGAAUCCUUCAGUCGAUCAGCCCAUUCACCUCCAUCCGAUUCCACUUUUUAUUUCUUUUUGACCCGAGUUAAGUUUUGGGUGAAUAAUUUAACACUUGCAUUCUUAAUGUAUGCUUUAUGCUAUUUAAAAAGAAAUGUUACUACAGCUAUUAAACUAAGUAUUCCUAUCUGCUGUGUAUCGCAUUGUCCAGGGUUUGGGACGUAAUUGGAAUGGGGAUUCUCAACUUCAGUCGACCUGGCAAAGAUUCGGAUUUACUUUUACAGAUUGGGAGUCUUUGGAUCUACAGUUUUCCCUUGGCAUUUUAUCCUGUCAUGCCCACAUUGCAGCUGAGAAUGGAUGUGGAACAUCCGAGUUACAGAGCUGCAGUUUCUGUAUAGUUCCCUCUUUAUAAGGCUGUGUUCAGCUUCAACAUAUACACCGCCCAGCCUAGUGUCACACUGAGAUACAGGAGCACUCUGCUGUUCCUCCAUAUUGUUGGAGGGUCACUCAUGGAGUCAUACAGCACAGAAACAGACCCUUCGCUCCAACCAGUCUAUGCUGAACAUAAUCCCAAAGUGAACCUACCUGCUCCUGGCCCGUAUCCCCCUCACCCUUUCCUUUUCAUGUAUCUCUCCAAAUGUCCAUCAUAUCCUGUCCCUUCAAGUGGUAGUAGUAGAGACACUGUUA